UCGAGGAGCGGCAAGACCAGUUUUUGACAAAGCGAAGGUUGGGCAAGAGGAGACCUAUGCGGGCCUCGCCGGAAGAGGAAAUGACAGGAGCAAACACAAAUACGAGGCAGGGCAGGACUGUUGAUUACCAUAAACGUGUUGAUUUGCCCUCUGAGGGGGAAGGAAGGUAGAAGAAGCAAUCGUGGAGUAAGGAGCUUGAGAGGAGGGUGGAGUUAAAAACAAUAGACAAACAGGUGCACACUGAUCCCUUGACAGUCAGACAGAGGAAAACAAGAUCAUGUAGAACCGACCCAGGAUUUAACAUUCUGCUGGGUAGAUAUAAGAAGACUGACUCCAUGAAGACUGAACUAACAAGACUAUUCUGGAGGAUCUAAAACACCACUCAAAACAAAAGGCUCUCCUAUUUGACAGGAUGUCGUCGAUAUCAGACGCAGACUUUCGCUGUCAGCAAGGAGACACAAUCUGUGAGAUCCGCGAGUACGAGAAGGAAGUGAUCAUUGUGCCCAUCAUGCUGCUGGCCAUCUUCGUGGUCACGCUGGUCUUCAUCCUGCUGCUGCGUUUCUGUCCAGAGAAGGUGGACCGCAUCCGUCUCAGCACCGUGAAGUCCACCUUCAGGAGGGAGCUGCAUGGCAUCGACGCUCCACCCGGUAUCAAUGUGCUGGAGCACGAAAGCAUCGCUCUGGAUGUGCCCAACUCCUACUCCACCUUCCACCCGGCCAGCACCUACGUGUCCAAAAAGCUCUCGCUGUCCGUGGACAUGCCCCCGGUGUUGACCGGCGCCCAAGCGCUGGCCUACAAGCCUGCGUUCGACCCAGUCGUCCAGCCCCGAGAGCUUCCCCGCCAGAGGCUGCCCGAGUCCUUCAACCUUGUUGCCCCGCUGCCCGGGUCCUUCUCCCUGCGCUCAGACUCUGCCGUGUCCCUCUACAGGGCCUGCAUGGAAAACAGGAACGUGGUCCUGCGGGUGCUAAAUGACUCCGCCGACGCCAGCGAGAGACACAACUUCCUGGGCUUUGCGUCCUUCCUGGCCGAGCUGGGAACGCACCCGUUCUUGCCCGAGCUCCUGGGCGUGGUUUCCCUGCGUGCCCCUCUGGUGACGGUGGUGGAGGAGCUGGAGAACCAGGACCUGCUCAGCUUCAUGUGGAGGUGCAGAGAGGAAGACGUGAAUCCGCCGUGCGAGAUGACUGAGAGGCGAAUAUUUACCAUGGCCCAACAUGUGAUCUCAGCGCUGACGUUCCUCCACAGCAAAGAUCUCCUGCACGGGAACAUCCGCGCCCGCAGCGUCCUGGUCAGCAAGGCGCACACAGCCAAAUUGUGGGGCCUUCACGGGGUCUACACCCGCAAGAACCAGGCGGCCACACAGAAGGACGAUCCCAGCAUGAAGAAGUGGCAGGCGCCGGAGAUUUUGGCCAGGAGAACCGUUGGUCCCAGCAGUGACGUAUGGUCUUUUGGCAUCUUACUGUAUGAAAUGGCAACACUGGGAGAAGCGCCAUUUGCAGAGAUCCCCGUCAAUGAGCUCCUCCAAUUCCACCAGCGGGGUAAAACUCUGAAGAAGCAUCCCAACUGCUCCAAUGCCCUCUAUGCCGUCAUUAAGGGUUGUUGCCAGUGGAAAGAUCCGGAUCGACCCACGCUGGCCGAGGUGACUCGCAAGCUCGUGUCCGGGGAGAAGAGCGCCACAGACAAAGUCCUCAAGGGAGUGCCGGUCAUCUUGGAGCGGUACCGGCACGAGGCCGGAUAUGGGGAGGCUAACAGCUACACAGUCUUCUGAUUACAACAAAUGGUGUCCCCCCCCCCCCUCCCCCUUUGUACUGGUGCACUUUCUAACUACAACUGUUACAUAUUCCGAUUUGCACAUGAAGGAGAAACAAGCCUUGUAUACUCAAGACUUUUAUUACGCUUUUCUCUAUGAAAAAAAACAAAACGUUUUUUUUAAGGUUUAGGUGAAAGAAAAUAGACUUUGAAGCAGAUGUAAACUUGAAAGGCAUCCAGUUGGAAUGGAUGCUGUGGAAUGAUGGUUUGCCUGCCUUGUUUACCACCUUCCUUAACUGAUGUCAAGAAGCAGAUGUGACGCAUUGCCAUGUUUGUUACACAUUGAAGGACCGUGAAUGGAAUGACUUAACAAAAUGUGAAUAAAUAAUCACAAUCUG